AUGUCCUCGCCUGGCAGGAAGGGCAUCAGGUGGGACGAGCCAAACCUGCAAGCGAACGCCGAGUACGCCGCCGCCAACCCCAAGAUGAAGAUUGACGAGCCAAAGACACCCUACCAUUAUGGCGGGCAGCCGGGGCCGGCCGGGCUCGGUUCCCCUCCAGAGCUAAGCCUCGACGGUGACGAGGGCGGCAGUUGCGACCGCAGCAGCGCUGCUGAAGCCGCCAACGGCGAAGGAGAUGGCGCCUACCACGAGAAGACGCUCACCGCGGGGAUGCACGACCCUGUCGCCUUAUCGGCGAGCGCGCUUGAGCGGCGGCGCGACGGAGGCGGCGAGGAGGAGGAGACCUCGCCGGUGGCCGGAAAGAAGCAGAAAAAGUUCGACGAGAUGCGGCGCGCGCACUAUCGGACCGGCGGGCUGGCGGCGCUGCGAGCACAGGCGGAGGCCGAUGACGACGAGGACGAGGACGAGUCGCAGCCGCCGCCGGCGGAGGGGUAG